AUGCAACGCAUUUUAUUCAUGCACAACAUCAACAAGGGGAAAGCGGGGAAAGCCCAGUCCCUCAGGAUCCCACAAACAGUUUGGGAUUUGGAAGUUGACUUAGCUUGUUUGGCUGGCCAUGUCCUAGACGCAAUGUCUUCCUACCGCAACCCUGAAAAUUUGCUGGUCUUUGACGAAGCAGUGAUCAAAGCAGCCAUGACAAACUUCAUUGAGGGGGACUUCCAUGAAGACUUGAAGGUGUUCAACGAAGUCAAGGACCCACGAUUUACUGUGGAACAGACCAAAAUGUGGACUGAGAAUGUGCCUACCAGUUCAAAGCCUUUGGGGGAAUCCCAGCUCCAGCUAGCUGAUGGAAAAAUCAACCAGUUGGUGCUCAACCAGACGAAGCUUCAGUUUGAAGCAGAUGCCCUCUCCUUGGCUCGUGAUGCCAGCCAGUUGGCGAACCUGUACAAUGCAGAGAUGCAGUCUGAACGAUCAACAAGGCUGGCACGAGUGAUGCACCUAAAACAAGAGAACCAGAUCGGAAGUGUCAUCAUUUGGCUUGACUACACAAAGUAUGGGACCCUCUCCAACACUGACUUAAACAACACAGUGGCCCUGGCUCAGAAGGCCAUGUCCCAAAUGCCUGAGCAAAGCUGCUGCUUCGCGAUUGCACCCCUCUUGGCCUCAGAUCGACGAUCUGGGUUCAGAGAGGAGUUCAGGAGAAUCGAAGACAAAAUGGAAGCCAAAGGUUUGGAUGCCGAAUCAGUAUUCCUGCGUUUUGACACACCACCAGCCAACAAGAAGGUGGCACUCUCCUACCAAGCCUGGAUCAUCAACAUGAAGGGCCCCAACGUGGAACAACUCUUUGUUGUACCAAGACAGGCCCAGUGGGCGCUAAGUGAGUGCCAAGAGAAAGCCCAGCUGAUGACUGGUUUGACUAUGCCAAAGGCUGUGAUCGCUUCACUGUUGAAUGGAGGGGCCCAACCUGGCCAACACGUUGGAAUCUUGAACCUGAGCCCAUAUGAUGGAUGCUUAGAGAAAGUCGCUUUGUCAUGGCAUUUGGAUCACCCUGAGCGACAUUUGUCAAGUAUGGCCCUUUCAACUGACAUGGAUGUGAUCGCCUACAAUGAGAAGGUGGUAGCACUGUACUUGAUUGAGGAAUGGAAAGCUGGUAGCCAUGUGAUGGGAGAUGUCAGGCCGUAUGACCCAUCUGCUCCAGCUGCUGCUGCGGUGGAUUUGGAAAAGUACCCCUUGAAAUUGGCAAAGGUAGCCAUGGAUCCGUCAAAGAAAGGAUGGGAACGUUUCCGGGUGACCCUCAGCAAUGAGGUACGAUCAAUGUAUGUGGAUGAUGCCAUUCAUUCUCCAAAAUGGAAAGAUCUAGUCUUGGACUUUGAUCGAAAGUUUUGUGGUGGCACCCCGGUCUGCGAAGCUAUCGUCCCAGCUGAAGACGAAGAAGAGGAAAUGCCGCAAAGAACUACCUUUGCGGAGGGUUCGGAACCGGACUUGCUGUCUACCCUGCUGGACCAGUACAUCGUGGAAUGUCGCUUUGCUGGUAGGACCCCAGGAACAUCCCUCUACCUAGCCCAUGCUGUUCGGCGAGAUGGGACCCGUACGGAGAUGGUGGACAACCAAAAAUUCAAGCUGUUCCUAGUGGCACAUCAGGACCUGGAGAUUGAUGCCAAAGAGUUCAUCAUCGGCCACGGCAAGUCCACUUUCAUGAAGCCCGACAAGGUUGCCAAGAUGGACUUAGAUGCUAUGCUAGACGCUAGCCCUGGUGCCUUGCAAACACCACCUGCAUCAGUCCCAAACAGGAGCCCGAGCUUUGGCGAUGGCCCAGCUUCUGCGCCUAAGGAAGCCGCUAAGGGUGUGAAGCUGGAUGACACUAGGUUGCCAAUGGUGUCGCAUACAGCUGAUAGGAAGAAGCUAGACAAGGCUUUGUCAAGGGAACAGUUUGAGGCUGCCAAACGAAAUGUUGAUUCGGCCUUGAAGGAGGUGACCACUGGACGCAAGAGUGCUUUGAAAAAGGAUCGUGAGGAAAGUGAAGUGAAACAUACCAGAAAGGGUUCCAAACGGGAGACCCCAAAGGAAGUCUUGGAUAAGUUGGAUACCCCAAAGAUGAACCUUAGCAAAGAAGCCGGAAAAAUUGCAUGCAAACGUUUGCUUGAUGGGUUGGUGCGUCCAGCCAAAGCACCUGAAGAGAAGAAGGCUAAAGUUACGAAAGGCAAGAUGAAGAAGGCAGCUGCUGUUGAAAAGACUGACGAUGAGGACCAGAAGGACUGUGAUUCCAUCGACAGUGAGGAAACCCUUGAAUUACCAGGCAAAGGUGAUUCCAAUGAUGGUCCAGGGGAUGAUGGGGCCGGUGAUGGUUCAGAUGUUGAAUCUGUGGCUGCCAACCCGGGGGAUGAUUCGACAAAGGGGGAUGACCAGUCCAGCUUGCGUACUUUGUACUGGGCAGCUGUGCAUGAAGCACAGAAGCGUAUCAAAAGGGAGUUCCCUGACCUUUCCGGCCGUGAAGUUCUUAAGCGAGCUCGUGCUGAGCGUUUGGGUUGCAUCUAUUUGCUGAAUUCAAUCUUUGGAAUAGUGCAAAGUGAAAAUUCCAAGGCUUGCAGUGAUGCAGAGCCCUGUGCCAUCGGUGAUUUGCUGAGGGAGAUGGAAGAGGAAGGGAUCACCGAUGUAAGCUUCAUGGCCACUCAUGUGCCCGUCCCGCGCCUGACGGCUUCCAAGAUCCUGGAUGCUUCUCCAGCACUUGAUCGUCGUUGGAGGGUUGCAUAUGCGAAGGCCGAAAAGGAAAGCCUCUCUAUUUUCUCCACGAUGCCAAGUCCAUGA